UCCUGGGUAUACUGUGCAGAACAUUUCUUUGAGAUCAAUAACCUACCGGAAGCUGAAAAAGUCAAGGUGGCUGUGGUGAGCUUUGGACAAGAUGAAGUAGAUUGGUACAGAUGGAGUCACAACCGGAAAAAGGUGGAAUCAUGGGAGGAUUUAAAGACUCGAAUGUUUGAGUUGUUUAGAGACACGGGACAGAAGAGUUUGGGGGCCAGACUUAUACGGAUUCAGCAAGAGGGAUCUUACAACGAUUAUGUCAAGAAGUUUGUGAACUACUCGGCACCCCUUCCUCACAUGGCAGAAAGCGUACUCCGUGAUGCCUUCUUGACAGGAUUAGAACCAGCGCUGCAAGCAGAAGUGAUGAGUCGCCACCCUCAAACAUUAGAAGAAUGCAUGAUGGCAGCCCAGUUGGUUAACGGCCAUAAUUUGGCCCUCAAAUUGGCACAAGCAGAGAUGGGGAUUUCAGAGUCAAAAAGAGGUGAAGCCACUAAUACUAAGGCCCCCUGAAACAACGACAAAGGAAAUCUGAGGAAAAAUGAGUUCCAAAUGAAACACAUCACGAUACCUCUUAAAGGAAGUUAUCAAAAGGGAGAACCGCCGGUUAAGAGACUCUCUGAUGCAGAGUUUAGAUCACGCCUAGACAAGGGACUCUGUUUUAGAUGUAAUGAGAAAUAUUCUCAUGGGCACCGCUGUAAAAUAAAAGAGAAAAGGGAGCUCAUGCUCUUUAUCUUGAAUGAAGAAGAAAGUACAGGAGAAGGGGAAGGUUCAGACACACAAAAGGCAGAGCCCUUGGAAAUCAAACAGCUAGAGGCAUUAGAUGAAGUUGUGAUAGAAUACCGUGCUAUUACCAGCCUGACAACCAAGGGAACUAUGAAACUAAGGGGAGUAGUCAAGGGGAAGGAGAUAAUCGUCUUAAUUGAGAGUGGGGCAACCCACAACUUCAUCCACUAUGAGCUGAUAAAGGAAAAGAAGAUCCCUAUAGACAGGAACACUCAAUUUGGUGUUACAAUUGGGGACGGCACGAGUUGUAAAGGGAAGGGCAUUUGUAGCAGAGUCGAAAUCCAACUUGAAGAACUGACAAUUGUGGCUGAUUUGUUGGCCGUGGAAUUAGGAAAGGUGGAUAUCGUAUUAGGAAUGCAAUGGCUUGAUACAACCGGUACCAUGAAGGUACAUUGGCCAUCAUUAACAAUGGUCUUUUGGAAGGAAGGAAACAAGGUAGUUCUAAAGGGGGACCCUGCCUUGAUUCGAGCCGAAUGUUCACAGAAGACUUUAGAAAAAACAUGGGAUGAUGAAGACCAGGGUUUUCUGAUUGAUUGGCAAAAUUAUGAGACAGAAAAUGAGUCCAAGGAAAGCAAAACACAGAGCCAGCAUGGUGAUGAGGAAGAAUUGCCAAUGAUUCAAUUCUUACUAAACCAAUAUUCUGAUUUGUUUGACAUUCCUAAAACCUUACCACCCAAGAGAGCUGUAGAUCAUCGCAUCUUCACUUUGCCAGAACAAAAACCAAUCAAUGUGAGACCAUAUAAGUACGGCCAUAAUCAAAAGGAAGAGAUAGAGAAACUGGUUACAGAAAUGCUUCAGACCGGAAUAAUCAGGCCCAGCCACAGCCCCUUUUCAAGUCCCGUGUUGUUGGUAAAGAAAAAAGAUGGUGGCUGGAGGUUUUGUGUGGACUACAGGAAACUGAACAAAAUCACAAUAGCCGAUAAAUUUCCCAUUCCGAUCAUUGAAGAACUUCUUGAUGAAUUACAUGGGGCCACGGUGUUCUCCAAGUUGGACUUAAAGUCAGGCUAUCAUCAAAUCCGAAUGAAGGAAGAAGAUAUUGAGAAGACUGCGUUUAAAACACAUGAAGGCCACUAUGAAUUCCUGGUCAUGCCGUUGGGAUUGACAAACGCUCUCGCCACCUUCCAAUCUCUCAUGAAUCAGGUAUUUAAGCCCUUCCUCAGACGUUGUGUACUGGUUUUCUUUGAUGAUAUACUUGUCUAUAGUUCGGACAUAACUGAGCAUGAGAGACACUUAGGGAUGGUUUUUGCAAUAUUGAGGGAUAACCAGUUGUAUGCUAAUCGAAAAAAAUGUGUGUUCGCCCAUUCCUAAAUACAAUACUUAAGCCAUAUCAUUUCAAAAAAUGGGGUAUAAGCAGAUCAGGAUAAAGUACGAAGCAUGCUACAAUGGCCCCAGCCUAAGGAUAUAACAGGUUUAAGAGGAUUUUUAGGGCUGACGGGGUACUAUAAACGCUUUGUCAAAAGUUAAGGAGAGAUCGCAGCACCCUUAACCAAACUGUUGCAGAAAAACGCUUUCAAAUGGGAUGAAGACGCUACACUUGCAUUUGAAAGUUUGAAAACAGCUAUGACUACAAUACCUGUGCUAGCACUACUCGAUUGGUCCUUACCCUUUAUGAUAGAAACUGAUGCUUCAGGCAGCGGUUUAGGAGCAGUCCUAUCUCAGAACGGCCAUCCAUUGGAUAUGACAGUUCCAAAAAUGGUUAACCAAACUGUUGGGAUAUGACUUUGAGAUUAUAUAUCAACCAGGACUACAAAAUAAAGCAGCCGAUGCACUUUCAAGAGUGGAACAUCCAUUGGAGCUAAAUACAAUGUCCACAUCAGGAAUUGCGGAUAUGGAAAUAGUUACAAAGGAAGUUGAGAAAGAUGAAGAACUCCAACAAAUAGCACAACAGCUUCAAGCUGACCAUCCACCGGAAGGGAAAUACUCAUUGGUGAAUGGCAAGUUACUGUACAAGGGACGGGUAGUCUUGUCUAAAUCAUCUUCACUUAUACCCAGCCUCUUACACACCUUUCAUGACUCUAUCUUUGGAGGCCAUUCAGGUUUUCUAAGGACAUACAAACGGAUGAAUGGCGAGCUUUAUUGGAAAGGAAUGAAGACAGAUGUUAAGAAUUAUGUAGAACAAUGUGAGAUCUGCCAACGAAAUAAAUAUGAAGCGACCAAACCGGCGGGAGUUCUUCAACCGCUACCCAUACCCAACCGCAUCUUGGAAGAUUGGACUAUGGACUUCAUAGAAGGGCUUCUUAAAGCAGGGGGCAUGAAUGUUAUUAUGGUCGUGGUCGAUCGGUUGAGCAAAUACACUUACUUUAUCACUUUGAAACAUCCUUUCUCAGCAAAGCAAGUAGCAGCGGAAUUCAUUGAUAAGAUAGUCAGAAGGCAUGGCAUUCCUAAGUCGAUCAUAUCGGAUAGGGACAAAAUCUUUCUUAGCAACUUUUGGAAGGAGCUGUUCUAUACUAUGGAUACAAUACUUAAACGAAGCACGGCGUUUCAUCCACAAACAGAUGGACAGACGGAAAGAGUUAACCAGUGUUUGGAAACAUAUUUAAGGUGUUUCUGUAAUGAGCAGCCUAGUAAAUGGAACCAGUUCAUACCAUGGGCUGAAUUAUGGUACAAUACCACCUUCCAUGCUUCCACACGCACAACUCCCUUCCAAGCCGUUUAUGGUAGACCUCCACCACCCUUAAUAUCCUACGGAGAGAAGAAGACACCUAAUAAUAAGGUCGAAGUAUUGUUGAAGGAGAAGGACUUGGCCAUUAAUGCGUUAAAGGAAAAACUAACUAUAGCUCAAAACAGAAUGAAGAAGUUGGCAGACACGAAGAGAAGGGAACUCAAGUUUAAAGUAGGAGAUGAAAUCUAUCUCAAGCUGAGGCCAUACCGUCAACGCUCAUUAACAAAGAAAAGGGCCGAAAAAUUAGCUCCUAGGUACUAUGGUCCGUAUCGCAUCACUGAAACCAUAGGGGAGGUUGCCUAUAGACUUGAUCUUCCUUCAGAAGCAUCAAUUCACAAUUUUUCCAAAUCUCCCAGCUAAAACUUAAACUGGGCAAACAUCACACGGUACAAGUACAACAACCGAAGCUCACAGCUGAAUUUAAGUUACAACUAUGGCCUGAACCAGUAUUGGGCAUUCGCUGGAGUCCAGAAUUGGGAGCAAAUGAAUGGCUGGUGAAGUGGAAAGGAUUACCCGAAAGUGAAGCAACAUGGGAGUCCGUGUACUCAAUAAACCAACAGUUUCCUUCAUUCCACCUUGAGGACAAGGUGACUUUGGAACCUAGGGGUAUUGUAAGCCCUCCUAUUAUUAAUGUGUAUAAGAGAAAGGGCAAGAAAGUAAUUACACAAGACAACAAGGAUGAAAGAAAGAAUUAAAAUGGGGUAGUGGGAGAGUGGAACAGCAGGUGGGCCCAACAGGAUAUUAUCUUUUGUCCUAUUCAGGCACUUGUCCUAUAAAUAGUAGGGGGAGGGGAUCAGGGUAGGUAUGAAAAAUAUGAUGAAUGUAAUGGUGAGGAGAGCCUUUGGCGGCUGAGGGAGUCUGCCCUAGCUCUAGAGAGAGUAGUUGGUAGAGAUCGAGUUUCUUGUGCCAGACACUGGCACAUCUGCUAGAAGCUUUCAUUUCUAUUUUUCGCGCAUGGGUGUUGUGCUUGAGAGUUUGUAUUGCCACCUAAGUUUGAGUUUUUUAAAUACUGUAAUGGGUGUUAAUCUUGUAAAAUUUAUACUUUCAUUUGUUCUACAUAUCUUGAUGAAUUUAAGUUUAGGCUACACUGUAUGGUUAUGAUCAAUU